CUGGCCGCGCAGUCUCGCGAGGGCAGUGGCGGCGGGUGCGUCCUCUUUGGUAUCUCUCCUGCAGUUUUUCCUUUAAAGUGAAUUGAUAAACAUCGAGUCCGGUGUCGGGUAUUCAUACGCGUUGCACGGUCUGCGUCGCAUAAUGAUUGCGUUAUCACAAGGAGGACGGCAUGUCAUCCAGAGUGCUUGAGCGGAAUUUACUCAAGACUGAAGAAACUCAUAGAAAUUAUGAGUACUUCGCGGGGAGCAGUCCGCUGGGCGGGCGUCCUGGCCGGCCUCGCGAUGCUGCUCUGCGCCGAGGUGCAAGGGCGGUCCUACAACCCUCUCGUGAGGGAGUCCUUCUCCACGAGGUGGAAGAAGAUUGCUGAAACACGGACUCUUCAUCCGGCUAACCUGACGGCGAUGGAAAUUCUCGAAGAGAUGAAGGAAGAACAUUUCCUGAUACGAGUCCUUAUCAAUAAAAAGGAAAUCAAAAUAUAUAGGGACGAUCAAGUGGUGUACGAAAAGAUCGGGGUGUUCAAUGGACACUACACCAGCCACACUGGCAUGCACGUGGUGGCGCUGCACCCCCUCCGCGGCCACGUGAUGCUCGCCAGGCAGUUCCUCACGCAUGAGCCGUCUGAAGACAGGAACCUGGCGGCGUGCCUCGACUCCCUCAUGCCGGGCAACAUCCUCAUUGCGGCUGCGGUGCCCGACGCGGUCAUGUUCCUGGGCCCCGACGCCGUGGCCCGCCUGGAGGAGAUGGGCGCCUCCAGGAUCCGCCAUCUCGCCCGGCACGAAACCUGGGUCAUGGUGGCUCACACGCCUACACGCCCGUACAGGCCACCGCGAUUCUAUCCAAUACUCAAACCGAACGUCACUAAACCAGCGGUCCCGCUGGGAAGGGUCUGGGGGGAGAGUCUGUCCGUUCGCCGCCGGAUCGUGAAUGGCACCGCCUCCACCGUCGACAUGGCAACCUAUGUUCCCAGAUUUGAAGCCUCCAAGUGCGCGUGGCACCAAGACGUCGCCAUGUCGGAUCAGCGGAAAUUCUGCGACAGUUACGAUGGCUACAUCCGCCUCUGCAGGUGCCACGACCCGGUCACUUCCGGCCUCAGGUACUCUGCUCCGAGGAUCGAGAUGCGCGAGGUCAUUCCGGUGGCGAUGCUGACAGCCAUCAAGCCCUUCAACUUCUACAGACAACUUCUGAACCUCCUUGAGACGCCCGGAGCAGCCCAAACGCCCAUUCUCGUCCUCAUAGACGGACCUCAGAAGGAGAUCAUACGCUUAGCCAAGUUGUUCGGGUUGGACGUCCUGAUCCACCGACCGCAGGGCGAGAAGGGCAGCACUACACUCCUGAAUAUGCAUUUCCGUUUCUCCGUUCACAACGUGUUCAACUUCUUCCCAGAGGUCGACAAGGCUAUCAUCUUGGAAGACGAUUUACUGCUUUCUCCAGAUUUCUUAUCCUACUUCCAACAAACGGCCUGGCUCCUGGACGCGGAUCCUACGAUCUCGCACGUCAACGCCUUCUCCACCAACAGCUAUCCUGACGUCGCCUACGAUCCUACAGUCCUGAGAAGGAUUCAGAUGUUUCCUCAGUUCGGGUGGAUGGUGAAGCGGAAAUGGGCGCAGGAAAUAUUUCAGUUUUGGGUCCCUGAAAAUGAAACAGCUGACUGGGACUGGUGGCUCUCGGGCGCGAGGCAGCGGCAGGGGAGGGACGCCCUGCUGCCCGAGGUGAGCAGGGCCUUCCACGCGGGCGCGGCGGGAGCGCACGUGACCGGGUGGGCGCAGGAGCACCUCUUCAACAACAUGAUCUUCAACCAGGACCCUCAUGUCAAACUCAAAGGGCUCAAUGACCUGACGAAGGAUCGGUACGAAGCGAAGAUCCGGCGAGACAUCGAGCGAGCUGUUCUGCUCAACCUGACGAAGUCCCCGUGCGACGGCCCGAUCCUCCCGCCCGACCAUCCUGGACCCUUCAAGCUGUUCGUGGGCGCGAAGACGAACAACGACGAGUAUGACAGCUUUUACGUGAUACAGACGUGCCUCCAUGGAUACAUCCAAGACACGAGGGAGAUGUUCCGAGGGUCCUUGAGGUACAACUUGAAGGGGCGUCUCCUCUACGUCAUAGGCUGCCCUGCGUCUCCCUUCUGCGAAUCGAACGGCUUCGUCAAUCUCCUGACGCCCUCCGCCGAGCUCGUGGACAGGGCGGGCGAGGCCGUGUACCCGUGGCAGACCCGCAACUACCCGCCCUUCUACCUGGAGCGCUUCCCCGCCCAGCUGCCCGAGGAGGAGUUCCACAUGCGGAAUCUCCUGUACGUUUACCACAACGGCACCCGCGUGUUUAACGAGAAAAUUGGGAGCGUUAAACACAUAGAAUGAGGGAGAUAGAGAUAGAAAGAUGAGAAGAGGAAGAUAAAAAAGGAGAAGAAGAAAGAAGGUGAAGCUCUGUUGCCGCCGAAGUGGUAUUGGCCGGAGAAGGCAGACUGGGUCAU